CUGCCCUAUGGGACCCUCCUGGGCAGCAGAGCUUGUGCCCACAUGGCAGCAGCUGCCUGGGCCAGUGGCUUUCUCCAUGCUCUCAUGCACACGGCCAAUACAUUUUCCCUGCCCCUGUGCCAUGGCAAUGCCCUGGGCCAGUUCUUCUGUGAGGUGCCCCAGAUCCUCAAGCUCUCCUGCUCACACUUAAACCUCAGGGAACUUAGACUUAUUGUUAUUAGUGCCUUUUUAGCAUUUGGCUGUUUUGUGUUCAUUUUUUUCUCCUAUGUGCAGAUCUUCAGGGCUGUGCUGAGGAUCCCCUCUGAGCAGGGACGGCACAAAGCCUUUUCAACCUGCCUCCCUCACCUGGCUGUGGUCUCUCUAUUCCUCAGCACCUCAUUUUUUACCUACCUGAAGCCCCCCUCCAUGUCUUUCCCAUCCCUGGAUCUGGCCCUGUCAGUUCUGUACUCGGUGGUGCCUCCAUUUCACAUCCCCAAUAUCCACAAUAUCCAUAUCCUGGGUAAUAACAGUAACUUUUUCCUGGGUUGGAAGCAGGGCACCAGUUUACUGGGGAGUAGGUUCUUUGAUUUCCGCCUGCCCCCGCCACACGGACCGGGAAUACCAGUGUGGCAGACGGAGCCCACUCCAGCGAUUUUUAUUUUCCGCCAGUCUCCUGAGUCGGUGUCGGAAUCCUCCGACCACCUUUCGAGCCCGUCCCAGCUCGAGUCAGAGUCCGAGCUGGAAGUCGACUGGCCGGACGUUCCUGGGUUGUUCAGCCGUUUUCUCGGGCUCUGA